CUUCAUGCGCCACGCCCACAACCACGCCCACAACCACGCCCCAUCCAGGAGUCCCGAUGAAAUUCUACCCUCAGCCCGCGGACUCGCCGGAUGGUGUGCAGGCGUGGGUGCACGAGGACCUGCUCGAACCCCGCUACGGCGCCGCCGACACCAAGGCAGCCAUGGACCCGCUCGACUCCUUCCUGCGCGACCUUCCGCCUCCUAACUCAACCUUCGCCGAGCUCAAGCCCCUCGAACCCCUGGACUACCUGACGGCGUCGCCGGACACCUCGGCGUCGUCGCGGCACGACACGUCGUCCACGUCGUCCAACUCCCCCGGCAGCCAGUACAAGGGCGCCAUCACCAACACCAACACCUUCCUGGGUUACUCCGGCACGCCGGAGCCCGUCACCACGACCACCUCGUCGUCGUCCCCGCACAAGCACGAUCCGCACGCCUACUGCAUCACGCAGGAGAUCGACGACAUCGCCUCCAUCAUCGGCAGCGCCAUCGCCGACAACAACAUCAACACCAGCAUCAACAGCAUCAUGCUGCCAGAGUCCCUCGAGCCCCUCAACGCCCCGGAAUUCCAGGACAUCGAAGCCUUCUUCGAGAACAUGAGCGGCGGCGUGAAGGUGGAGCCGGCGGACCCCUUGAUCAACUCCACCAUGUCGCCCUCGGGACACUCGCCCUCCAUGGCCACGCAGCUGCCCUCCAGCACCAGCAUGGCCCACAGCACCGUGGAGUACGCCAGCACGCCCACACACUCGCCCAUGCUCACCUCCCUCCUGGCGGCGGGCGCCGUCACUAACAACAACUACCUGCAUGGCCUCGUCUCUGAGGCACAAUACAAGCACGAAAUAUCUAUGCCAAUAUUGCAGGCGCGGCUGACGCAGGGGCUGAAGGAGGUCGGAGGCGGACUGCUCAAGGCCGACCCCAUGUUCGCGCGCGCGCACUACUACUCGCACAAGGACUCCAUGCCACACUCCACCGACCCCUCCACCUUCGUCACCACCACAGAUGAUCUUUUUAUAACCAAGUUCGAUACCAGAUCUUACUUAGACAAGACUCAGCUGGCCUCGCCGGAGUCCACGGACUUGUCCUCCACCAAGAUGGGCCUGGACUUCCCGGGACUUAAAAACAAGAGCCGCAACCGCAUGAACAAGAGUACAAAACUUCCCAUCACCACUGAGGGCACCAAAGACAAGCCCGUCCACCGCUGUACCGUCUGUAAUCGAGGCUUCCUAAACAAGUCCAACAUCAAGGUCCACCUCCGGACCCACACCGGUGAAAAACCCUUCAAGUGCGAGACCUGCGGCAAGGCGUUUCGACAAAAAGCUCACCUGCUCAAGCAUUACCAAAUCCACAAGCGUGUGGCCAGGGACUAAACACCGCUCCACCCUCACCCGGUUCAUCAUAUUUAUUACUUACAUUCUACAACUCUGAGAUUAUCACAACCCUCGCCAUCGCCCGCGGCCACAACUCAACCAAUGGUCCUCACUUAUAACCAUCCCGCGGACGCCAGCUAAAUUCCUGCACCUGACGUGUGAUAUUUUUCCCACAAAUGUGAGAACAUCCACAUCCGGGAUCUACGUUGGUGGUGACAAGCCCUAGGCCUACCCAGAGGUGGGCCUACCCAGAGGUGGGCCUACUACCCUCUGUGUUGCUUCAGGUAACUAACUACGAGUGCUACGGAGAGUCAGAGAACGAGCGCAGCCCCUUGAGACAAACAGCACUUCACCCUUGACAUUGGUCUUGGACUUGAACAAGCGCUGUGUAUGUGUAAGAGCGAAACAUGCGCUUGAGCGUGAAGUGAGAGCUGUGUGGUGCUGCUGAGGAAGAUGCUGCCACCCCUCACCCUCCCUCUCUCUACCACAGACAGUAGUGGCUUCCCUUACCUUUCACAGACAAUUAUUGCUAAGUUCUACGCAGAAAAAAAAAACAGAUUAUAAUAUGUGCGCGU